CAAAUAAAAAGAAGAGUUUCUCCAAUGGCGUCACCGCCAUUAAAAGCCCAUCUUCUUCUUCUCCAGCUAUUCUUCGUCUCCACCUGGGCCAAUUUAUCCUCUGUACAACACUUUGGUUUCCUUUUCGGAGAUGUUUUUCAUGGUCAUCACAGAGAUUCAGACGCGGAGGUGCCUAUUGAGCAGCAGGCAUACCAUCGCCAAAACCCAGUGCCUAUUGAGCAGCAGGCACACCAUCGCCAAAACCCAGUGCCUAUUGAGCAGCAGGCACACCAUCGCCAAAACCCAGAUUUCGAAAUGGAUCCUUCUGCCUCUUCCUGGGAAAUUGUAACAGAGAAUGUGGGUGUUUCAGCCAUGCACAUGCAGUUGAUGAUAAACAACACGGUUGUGUGGUAUGACACCAUAAAUCUUGGUCCCUCCGCGCUUAGGAACAAUCCUAGGUGGUGCAGAAAAGCUGCCAAUGGUCGGACUGACUGCUGGGCUCAUGGCAUUAUCUAUGAUCCCAACACGGGUAAAGUUGUCAAGACUCUUAAGAUGAACUUGAAUCCAUGGUGUUCAUCGGGAGGUCUGUCGAGCACCGGAAAAUUGAUUAGCACCGGAGGCACCGACGAUGGUCUUCGAGGUAUUAGAAUCCUCGACCCCUGCAAUGACUGCGACUUCCAGGAAAGUGUUGGACUUUCUGCAAACAGAUGGUAUGCUUCUCAACAUAUGUUGGAAAAUGGUGAUUUUAUCGUGGUCGGGGGGAGAGGAGCUCACAACUAUGAACUUAUCCCACCAGAUCAGCUUAAAUUCCCAAUCCAACAAUUUGGGCUACCGCUGCUCAUGGAAACCACCGACGGCCAUCUGGAGAAUAAUUUGUAUCCAUUUGUGUACCUCCUCCCCGACGGCAACGUCUUCCUCUUCGCCAAUGAUCGCUCCAUUAUUUUCAACCCUAGAACCGGAGAGACGAUUAGGGAGCUCCCGAAACUGCCAGGGGGGUCCCGAAACUACCCGGCGUCAGGGCAAUCCGCGCUCCUCCCCCUGAAACUCACGCCGAAUACUGGGGAGCAUGAUUUCGUGAAGGCCGAGGUUUUGGUCUGCGGCGGCAAUACGCACGAAGCCUACAAGGUCACGGAGCGAGCGCCGAGGCAAUUCCCGCCGGCGUUGAAGGAUUGCGGCAGGAUUGUGGUUAAUGAAGAAGGGGCAGAAUGGGAAAUUGACGAGAUGCCGUCGGGGAGGGUUAUGGGGGAUUUGUUGAUCCUCCCCAACGGGGAUCUCCUCCUGAUUAAUGGCGCGAAAGCCGGGACCUCCGCCUGGGACGCGGCGGAGGAUCCGAAUUUCACGCCGGUGCUUUAUAGCCCGGAUAAACCUAAAGGCCAAAGGUUUACCAAUUUGAAGCCAACUCAAAUCGCCAGAAUGUACCAUUCCUCAUCGGCAAUUUUACCCGACGGUAAAAUCUUAGUCGCCGGAAGCAACACCCACGCUAACUACAACAUGAAAGCCAAAUACCCAACCGACAUGCGCGUCGAGAAAUUUUCGCCGCCCUACUUAUCCCUCGCCCUGCAAAAGUCCCGGCCGGAGAUCUUGGAGGACUCUUCAGACAAGCAUUUAAUUUACGGACGGAAUUUCAAAAUCCAAAUCAAGCUGGACGCCGAUGUGGACAUGUCCGAUAUUAAGGUCACCAUGUAUCCACCGCCGUUCACCACUCACGGGUUCUCCCAGGGCCAGAGGAUGCUGAUUUUGGGUCUUAACGACGCUUCCAACAAAGCCAUCUCCGCCGUGGCGCCGCCCUCCGGCAAGCUCGCACCGCCAGGCUACUACUUGAUCUUCGUGGUGCACCGUGGUGUACCCAGCAAAGGAAUGUGGGUGCAUAUUAAUUAAAUACAAGAUCAGAUGGGCUUUUAAAAAUCUUUCUUGUACAGAGUACUAUGUAAAAAUUACAAAUUUAUACUCACAAUAAAUGACAAAAAACACUUCAUCCUGACC